UUUUUUUUAUUGUUGUUGUACUCAUUCUACCUUGGCCGUUAUACCAUUCUAUUUUUCUGCUCUCUUUCCUUCACCACCGUUUCCAUUCUUCCUCCUUACCUCAUUUAUACGGCAACGGCUAACGAUGGAGGAGCACUUUGCCAAGAUUAGGACGCAGCUGUCGUCCAAGCUUCCGAAUCAGCAGAUGCAUGCAACCACGCUGCUCGCUGUGGAAGAGACUCUACGAGAGCAGGGUGCAGAGAUCACACCAACAGCAUACUUUGCCACACUGAUGUCACUUUUGGAUCAACAAAAAGACGACCCUGAGGUCGAAGAAAUGCGAUCCGCUAUUCUUAAUCUUCUUGCUAUUGUUUUUCCCAAUGUCCCUGUUAGCGUCCUCCGAUCUCAAUAUAAUCCUACGCUGAGCGUUAUCACAACAAUUUUAGCACUUCAGCCACCGCCAUCUGCACCUUCAUUGCGAUCACUGACUACCUGCCUGGAGCACCUCUUGAUUGCUCAGGACUCUGGUGCAUGGAGCCAUAACACCACAUUAAAGGCACUUCAGACAUUACUCAUUCUCUCAUUAGACUCAAGACCCAAGCCCAGGAAGCGUGCUCAGGAGGCUGUUCGAAACAUUGUCACACAUCCACCUCUGAUGAUGCUUGUUCAUCCAGGAAUGAAGAUUGUUGCUCAGACCACCCUCCAGGUCUUGAAGGAGUCUGGCAAUGGUGUUGUUGGCGCAGCUGGAUCCAAGGACAAGGACAGUGCUACACAAAUGAUCUUACAUACCCUGCAGCUCGUUCGCAUGGUCGGAAAGGCCUGGCCAGUCGAGCAAUUCCUCCCAUUAUGCGAUGUUCUCCUUCAUCUUCCUAAACUCAACAACCCAUAUCUCACAUCAUCUGCUUUCCAAGUCUUUGAAUCAUUGCUUUCAACAAAAGAAUCACCCGAUGCCCCUGUAGUAGUUCAUCAGGAGAAUGCCACCAUCGCCAACCAAACUCCCGCAGAAACUAUGGACCAGAUUGUCUCCAGACUUGAAAAGAUUACCCAUGUGAUGAGUGCAGUGCUGGAGCUUAAACCUAAUGCUAACGACGCUACACUGAUGCCUCUAUGGCUGGAUGUUGUUCGUGCAGGAUUUGUCGAGUCGGCGAGAUUACAAGAUUCUAUGAGGGCGGCAGGCCAUGGAGCACAGGUGCCUCAGGAAGCUGCAGUCCCUCUUGUCCAGCUCUUUAAAACCAUCUUUCCCAAUCUGGAUUCGUCUAAUCCCGUCUCUGUUCAUAAUUCAACUGUUGACUGUCUAAAGCAGCUCAUCACCCAUUGUAUCACGGAUAGGAUGAUCGAUAUUGCAGUACAAGAGAUGAAGAAGAACCGUGGAUUGCAAUCUGACAAGAAAAAAAGGAGCAUUAUUGAAACUAUUUCAACCACUAUUAAGGGCGGAUUCGAUAUUCGUUUUCAGAGCGCUUGGUUGGGCAUUUUGGAUAUCCUCAAGACUCUAUUCGAGCGGCUCAACCACGCCGCUAACCCCUUGCUUGUUUCAUUCCUUCCCAUCAUUGACGAGCUUCGCUUCACUCCUGCAUUCACCCAAAAGGCCCAUUUGGAUGUUGUCUUGUCAACUGCAAUCAGCACUGUUGGCCCCCGUAUCUUCCUCGACACUCUUCCUCUCAACAUUGAAAAUCCUGGGGAGGGUAAGCGUGGUCGCGCAUGGCUGUUGCCCCUUCUCAAAAACUCGAUCACCAACACAGAGUUAGAGUACUUUUCCAGUACACUGAUUCCUCUGGCUGAUCGUCUUAAUCUCAAGGCUCAGGAAUGUACUGAGAAUGGUAUGAUGAAAAAGGUUUACGAGACUUUGAUUGGUCAGAUCUGGAGUCUUGUAAGCGGAUUCUGCGACCUGCCCGUGGAUAUGGAGAUGGCUUUCACGAAGGAGCUUGCGGAGCGCUUCAGCAACGUUCUCUACUCUGUCCCAGAUCUUCGAGCAGUCCUCUGUCAAGCCUUGACGAGCUUGGUUGUACGCAACCAGGCUAUUAUCGACAGCUCAGAAAGUGAUGCAGUCUUGGAACGCAAGUAUUUGAUGAGCAAGGACGAGGCCAGGAACAAUAUUACAUUAUUGCAGCAGUAUGCUCGUCCUUACCUCAUGGUUUUCUUCAACAUCUUCCAGGCUACUCUGCCGCAGUUCCGUGGAUACCUGUUAGAAGUCAUGAGAAUGUAUUUAAGCAUUUCAACCCCUAAGGAUUUGCAAGAGACUUUCUUGGCUGUCUUGGCUCAACUUAAUACGGCUUUAACGACUGUCCAGAGUCCUGCUCAACAAGGAGAUGCACCUCCUGCAUCACACAACUUGAUGGACCUUGCUGAUAUCAUGGUUGCAUAUGUCGAUGGACCCAGCUUGAUCAGCCUGUACGAGGCAGUUGUCAACUUGUUUGCCAACGAUGCCGAUCCUGCUCUCCAGAAGAAGGCUUACAAGAUUGUCAACUCAAUGACAGAGACCGAAACUGGCCGCACUGUGUUGAAAUCAAACCUUGAGGAGCUGAUACGCACGAUUCUCGAGACCACUGCUGCUGCUACAGCUACAGCUAAACGUGCUCGUCUGUCAUUGAUUGGGCAGGUAGUUUCUCUAUUGGAUCCUACCGACUUGUAUUUCGUUCCUUCAAUUCUGUCUGAGGUUGUUGUGGCUACUAAGGAAGUGAAUGAGAAGACUCGAGAUAUUGCGUAUGCGCUCUUGGUAGCUAUGGGAAACAAAAUGAAGGCUGGCGGAAUCAUCUCGACAGAGCGUGUCGGCGAUAUGGAGGGUGCACCUAGUGAGACUCAAGCCAGCAUCAGUGAGUAUUUCACCAUGGUGACCGCUGGUUUGGCUGGUACAACCCCUCACAUGGUUUCUGCUGCAAUCACAUCACUGUCACGCCUACUAUUUGAGUUCCAUAAGGAUUUAGAGCCUGCUAUGGUUUCAGAGAUGAUUGGAACCAUGCACCUAUUCGUGAACUCAUCCAAUCGUGAGAUUGUGAAGUCUGCUCUGGGCUUUAUCAAAGUGACGACCGUCAGCUUGGAUGCCGCGGUUGUCCGUCAGCACUUGCAGGAGAUUGUCAGUGGUAUGAUCCGUUGGUCUCAUGAACACAAGGGACAUUUUAAGGUCAAAGUGCGUCACAUUUUGGAACGUCUAGUCCGUCGUUUCGGAUAUGAUGAAGUAGUCGCGUACGUACCAGAGGCUGACAAGAAAUUGUUGAUCAACAUCAAGAAGCGUCGUGAGCGUGCUAAGCGUAAUAAGAAGAACAAUAGCGCCUCAGGCAUGGAUAUGGAUGGUGAAGAGAAUGAAGCAGAGGAUGAUACCAAGAAGACAGCCAAGCAACAAGCGAAGUUUGGAAAUGCAUACGAAGAUGCUUUAUAUGGUAGUGAGAGUGACCUCAGUGAUGACGAGGAUGAGGAUGAGGAUGAUGAUCAGGAAGGUGGCAAUAAGGGUAACAAGGCUACUGCAAAGAAGUCCAAUAAGAAGAAGCAGGGAGCUGAUGCCUGGAUCAAGGAGGAAGGCGAUACUCCGUUGGAUUUCUUGGACCGCACUGUGGUCUCGCGUGUCACGGCAUCCCACCCAAGCUCACAGACGACACGCAAGGUUAAGGACCUUGCAUCGUCCUUUAAGACAUCGUCGGAUGGCAGGCUUGUCAUUGAUGAUAGUGACUCUGAUAACGAGAAUAAUGUGGAUGAGGAAGAAGAGAUGGAUCAAGAGACGAUGGAGUUGGAUCAAGCAGAGAACAAUUACCUGGAGUCAUUAAAAUCUGUAGAUGGUUUCACACGUGGUCAAGGUGGAAAGAUUAGGUUCAACAAGACUAAUAAGCGUGGAGCAUUGGGUAAUAAUGAAAAUGAGGAUAUGGACAUGGACAUUCAAGGGGGUGUUGGACCUAUUCGUCGAAAGGGUGCAAAGGAUCCAAAGCAAGUCAAGAAGAUUGGACAAGAGUUCAAGGCCAAGAAGGCAGGAGGAGAUGUGAAGAAGAAGGGACGUGUAGAUCCUUAUGCAUACGUACCACUGACCUCGUUGCGUAAAGGAACCAAAGAAGGACUGAGUCUGACUAAUAAGAGCAAGUCCGAUAAGCGCAAACUAGGCAAGCCUAGCAGACGUUAAAGGAUCAGGAAUUCUUUAUCAUAGUAGCAUCUCUUUUGCAUAUUUUUAUUAUUUUUUAGUAUAUUGAUUGUAAGCAAGUGAAGAUUUGUUUUCACUUUGCCUUUUUGAUCUCUUUUUUUAUCAUUAUUCCCUACAUACAACCUUCAUGACAUGUCGUUUGCAUUGAU